UACAGGAAAAACGCAGUGAGAUAAUCAAUUAUUAUGCAAAAUUGGACAACUGUUUAAUAAAAAACAAUUGAUAUUUUUCUGACUGUCUUUCAAAAUUUGAAAAGGGUUCUGAAUGAAUUGAAAUUUUGCAUACUUACGUAAUCUGCGGGACAAUGCAGCCCUAUAUGGUUAAUUACCCCUUAAAGCGGUUAACAACCCAUUUUUUAUAAAAUAAAUGCACAAAACAAUGUUGGAUAAUAAAAUAAAUCGCAGAUACAACCAUUUUGUAAUAUGCACAAGAAAAAAAUUAUGAAUGUUUGUUUUCUUUAGCAGAUGAUAGAAUAUGCAGCAUUCGUUUCUUCGUAAUGUAAAAAAAAUACUAACGUUACGAAUAUGAAAUUAUUUAUUACGACAUAUUUAUUGUAAAAAUAUCUUUGAAAUUGACUGACUACGUGAUAGCCAGGCUAAUUAUCAUAACUUGGGGUUAAUUACUUAAAUUAGAGUGAAAAGAAUAGGGGAAACGGAAUCUAAAUCAUUUUCAAUUCUAAUUUUAGCGUUUUUUUUUUCGGUUGAGUUUUCAAUACAUUGUUUUAAUUUGUCACUUUUUUAUUAAUUCCUUUAACAUCGUUUAUUUCUUUUUCUGUAACGUACAGGUAAAAGUUAUUGAAUUGUUUGGACUUGUCACGUUGAAAAUGUCCAUAAUUUCCCACUUCCAGCCCAACUUUCAAUCUCUCGCACUGACAAUAGGAAUUGUUUGCCUGAACUAGUCAAGUUCCGGUGCAACAAAAGACGUGCUUACAAACAAACAAUUGCACCCAAUUAUUAUUGUUUUUCGAAAUCAUCGUAUUAUUUGCCCGUUUGUUUGAAAUUAGUUUGAAUAGUUGCGCGCCUUUCGUCGAUCCGAUCGAUCCACCGGCGGCGGCGGCGGCGGCGGCGGCGGCGGCCAGCCACCUUCUCGCACCACGCCCUUCUGUCGCGUCGCACAGCCGCCGUCGUCAGUUGCGCUCCUAGCAUGACGCAGUGAUGUCGGAAAGCGAGGAAGAGACGAGCAGCGCCGCCGACUGGCCCGUCACCGAGGAAUGGCUCCAGGCCGUCCUCCGGCACCACCACAAGCACCUGGAGGACGACGCCGCCGCCAUCACCGUCGUCGAUUUCACAGUGAAACCGGGCUGUGACGCCGGCGAGAGCGUCCUCAGUGAUAUUCUCGCCGUCGCCGUCAAAUACUGCCUCAAAGACGACCCAGUCGCGCACUGUCUCAGCUUCAUCAUCAAACUCCUGCCCCAGGACCCCUUCAGUCGGUAUUUCGUCACCGAAGCACAAUUCGAUCUCAGAGAAAUCAAGUUCUACACGCAAUUGCGCGCCUUUCGUCGAUCCGAUCGAUCCACCGGCGGCGGCGGCGGCGGCGGCGGCGGCGGCCAGCCACCUUCUCGCACCACGCCCUUCUGUCGCGUCGCACAGCCGCCGUCGUCAGUUGCGCUCCUAGCAUGA